AUGCGGAGUGCGCCGAGCGGAUGUGCGAUGGUCCGCACCCUGAUCCUGGCCUGCCUGUGGCUAGUGGUGGCUGGGCGGCCUCUGGCCCGGCGGUCUCUCGCUCAGUCGGACCAGGGACCGCACGUGUAUUACGGCUGGGACCAGCCGAUCCGCCUUCGGCACCUGUAUGCCGCGGGCCCCUACGGUCGCUCGCGCUGCUUCCUGCGCAUUCACACGGACGGCGUGGUGGACUGCGUCGAGGAACAGAGCGAGCACUGUUUGCUGGAGAUCAGAGCAGUCGCUCUGGAGACCGUGGCCAUCAAGGACAUAAACAGCGUCCGGUACCUGUGCAUGGGCCCCGACGGCAGGAUGCUGGGGCUGUCCUGGUACUCUGAAGAAGACUGCGCCUUUAAGGAGGAGAUCAGCUACCCUGGCUACAGCAUAUACCGCUCCCAGAAGCAUCAUCUCCCCAUCGUUCUGAGCAGUGUGAAGCAGAGACAGCAGUACCAGAGCAAGGGGGUGCUGCCCUUGUCCUACUUCCUGCCCAUGCUGCCCAAGGCCUCAGUGGAGCCCAGCGACAAUGAGGAAUCCCAUGUGUUCUCAAUGCCCUUGAAGACCGACAGCAUGGACCCAUUUGGGAUGGCCAGUGAGGUUGGGCUGGUAAAGAGUCCUAGCUUUCAGAAGUGA